GCAGCACAGUCCUCUGCUCCACUCCUCUGCUGCGCUCCGAUGGAUAUCACCAUUCACAACCCCCUGAUCCGCAGACCUCUCUUUUCUUGGUUGGCACCAAGUCGUAUCUUUGACCAGAUUUUUGGAGAGCACCUGCAGGAGUCUGAGCUGCUCCCUGCUUCCCCCAGCCUCAGCCCCUUCCUGAUGAGAUCCCCCAUCUUUCGGAUGCCCAGUUGGCUGGAGACGGGACUCUCGGAGAUGCGACUGGAGAAGGACAAAUUUUCUGUAAAUCUUGAUGUGAAGCAUUUCUCCCCAGAGGAGCUAAAAGUGAAGGUGCUCGGGGACAUGGUAGAGAUUCACGGGAAACAUGAGGAGCGCCAGGAUGAACAUGGCUUUAUUGCCAGGGAGUUCAACAGGAAAUACAGGAUUCCAGCUGACGUGGAUCCCCUGACCAUAACCUCAUCGCUCUCUCUGGAUGGUGUCCUGACGGUUAGCGCACCGAGGAAGCAAAGCGAUGUCCCCGAGCGCAGCAUUCCCAUCACCCGUGAAGAGAAACCUGCCAUUGCAGGAGCCCAGAGGAAGUAGGCUGCGAUCUAAAGUCACCCCAGGGCCAUCCAGGAGCACUUGUCAUCAGGUGCCAGCUGUACUGAAUGGCCACUCUUAUUUAUUUAUGUUGAGUAAGUUUACUAACAAAUAAAACAUGAAUAAGC